AUGAUUGACAUGACAUCGAAAGGCCUGGAAAUUGAGCACGCAUUCGAUUCUGAUGGAAUGCCUGUACGGCUCCCGACGUUGCCGUCGAUGAAAUGGGACGAGAAGAAGAGAAGUCCCCGUCCAGAGGUUUCACGGUCAGAUUACAAUCAGUGUGUUCGGUCUGGAAGCGAAGAGAUCGUUGGCGUCUGUGCCUUGCCGUUCACGCCUAACAUCAUUACACUGGUGAUCCGCGAAUUUACGCCAAAUCCAGGUGGCCUGGAGUUCCGAAAGGGGGUCAGCUACUAUUUCAUAUGUAAGUACGCGUUGUUCGGAAAACAGUAA